AUGGAUUGUGGUACUAUUGAAGAUGAAGGUAUCAGGGUUGACAACCUUGAUGAUGAUGACAACACAUGUUGUUGGGAGCCUGCAACAGGGAUGUGUUUUUCUUGCUUAGAAGAAGUCAAAUCAUUUUAUGAAGAGUAUGCUUCGAGAAAGGGUUUUGGGUGGAAGAUUAGAUCUUCAAGAAAAGGGAAAGAUGGAGAGCCCUGCUACUUAAUUUUAUCAUGCUCAAGAGAAGGGUCUAAAGUGUCAAAAAAUUCGUGUACGUUAAAAACACUUCCAACUAAGGUAAAUAAUUGUCCUGUCAAGAUUGUUAUUAAGUUGGAUAAAGAUGGAUUAUGGUAUAUUACAAAAUUUGAACCUGGUCAUAUUCACGAGACAAGUCCUACAAAGGCAAGGUUGUUCAAAGCUAACAAGAAAAUGAAUUUGCGAAAGAUAACAAUACAAAUCAAUGAUGAUGCAGGAGUGAGGAUCAACAAGACAUUUCAAUCUCUUGUUAAAGAUGCAGGAAGACAUGAAAACGUACCAUUUUGUGAAAGAGACGUGAGGAAUUAUGUUAACAAGGAACGACGCGCAAUAGGAAAAGAAGAUUUGGAUGAUGAUUUUCACGUAAGGAAUGUGUUUUGGGCUGACGCAAGAAGUAGAGCUGCUUAUGAAUACUUUGGAGAUGUUGUGACUUUUGACACAACAUAUUUGACUAAUAAGUAUGACAUGCAUUUUGCUACGUUCGUUGGUGUGAAUCACCAUGGUCAAUCAACAUUACUUGGAUGUGGGCUGUUGUCAGGUGAAGAUACAAAUUCAUUUGUAUGGCUUUUUAAAUCAUGGCUUCAUUUUAUGCUAGGAAAGGCCCCUCUAGGUAUUGUGACUGACCAAUGCAAGGCUAUGAAAAAUGCCAUUGAGUUAGUCUUUCCUACAACUCGUCAUAGGUGA